AUGAAUUAAGAGAAUGAAUGGAAUCUGGAUAAUUGGAAGUAAUAUCCAUAAUUGUAAUAGCAAUUGUAUUAAGAUUAACAUUUAUAGUAUUCAAAUCAAUUAUAAUGGUGAGGAGACAGUUUAAAAAUUAAGAAAACUUCCAGGAAUCUUAAAUUUUGAUGAUAUAAAUAAUUUUAAGAAUAAAAUGAUAAAGGUAAGUAUGGAAGAUAAAUUUGAAUUAUACUUAGGAGAUAGUGCAGAAGUAUAUUAUGAAUAUAGAGAAGAACGUCGGAAAGAGAAAUUUAGAUUUUAUGAUGAAUAAAAUAUAAAUAAUGAAGAGUAUGGGUUAAAAAUUAAAUGCAUUAGUAAUUGGAAGAACUUGUUAAUAAUUUGCAAAACCUAGAACAUAAUUAUAAGAAAAAGAUGGAACAUUAAAUUAUAGAGGAGAUUUAAUAAAUUCAUUAAAUAGAAAUAAAAGGGAUUUGAGAUUACUUUUAAGUGCAAAUUAUUCAAAAAAGGUCAUUGAUACACUUCAUAAAUAUAAGGGUAAAUAAUGAUGGGUGUCACAUAAAUAUUUUGCAUUUAAAUAUGAAUCUGCAUUUAUUAAAUUAAAUGAUGAAAAUAAAUAUUAUCAUUCAAAUACUAAUUUUCUAUGGGUAGAUGACAGAACUAGAUUGUGUGAAUAUGAUAGUUCUAAUUUUGUUAAGGGUAUUUAUAAUCCUAUAUGAAUCAAAGUAUUCUAUUUAUUAAUUGUAGAUUGGAUCAACUAUAAAUAAAAUUUAUUUUAUUAAUGUAAUUAAAUUAUUGAAUCAAAAAAAU